UUAUUAUCAUCGCAACAAUGGCUAGGGUUGAGAAAACGAUCUGUGACGCCCACGGCAGCCGUCUGUUGGCCAUGAGCGGGAGAGAAGACUUCACGAACCAGGGCGCCACAAACCUGGAUAUCUCGCCUCAGGGCGACGCCAGGAAACUCAAGGAAGCCUCACGGAAAACUCAACCUCAGGGUAACAAAAGCCACGGAGCAGAGAUGCCCAGCACACAUAAAGCAGGCGCUCCGUCCAAUCCGCAAGGCGGCGCUUCAACGGGGAAGAAAUAGUUGACAGCAAUUCAACCGGAACAAGUGCAAUUCAGCCAAACAUCUUUGUGCAUCAGCAUUGGAGCUUGCGUGCAUUAUAUAUUAGUGUUGGGGGGUAUCGCGAUCGUUUAACUGUAGCUUUGUUAUAUAUUACAGAGAAAGGCACAAAAA